CCGCAAGUGUGUCAUGUAUUCGUCACUCUUGUAUCCUCGCACCCGAGUCUGUCCGCGAAUCACCUUUAAACGAAUUCGUGUCGUCAAAGGCCAGGUAGUGCAGGUCCCGCUCGGCAAUUUCGAGGAUAUGGAGUUUCUGGUGGCGCCGAUUUAUGAUGAUAAGACGAUCCUCGUAGGCGUGUUUGUAUUCCCUAGGUGCUAUCUGGUUAAGUGGGGCAUUUGUGCGGAAAAUUUUUCCGGUGGACAAACGGCGAUGACUUUGUAUCCACCAGAAAUGAAGAAGCUAGCGUUUCAAUGGAGCUCAAAACGCGAGCAAGCAGAGGAACAACGCAAAUUUUACAUAGACUUGCGUCACACUAGUGCUGGCGAAGGCAUGCCAGAAAGUGAUAAAGCCGCUACUAGUGGCAAGACAGACACAGGAACAGCAAAUGCAAAAUCGAUGGAUAAUAUCGAGAAGUUUGGAAGAAUCAUUCUAGGAUCUUAUGGCGAAUGCAGUGCUCCUCCUCCUUCUGCUUCCGCUGAUGUAAUCGAGGACGGUAAUUAAAUACGAGACUACUUCUGGUGGCCGUGGCUUUUGUUGCGGCUGCCUGAUUACCGCUUCUUGCCGCGUUGGAGAGGGGUUGUGUUGUGAAGAGGUAACGCCAGAGAAUUGGUUGUAACUCUAGGAGCCACAACCUAUUGAGAGAGGAUGAUUUUGAUUCACAAAUGGUGUCUCCAGAAGAACAGGGAUGUUGUGGAAUCACGAGCCACUACACUGAAAAA